AUGAAUCGUUGGCGACGUUCAACUCAUCCACGUACUCCUCGAACACUUCUUGAAUAUAAUCUACUUAUAAAUCAAAAUCAAUGGUCAAAAUAUCGUGAAUAUCCACAGGGGAUGAUGGUUGUACACACUAUUUACAUUGACAGAUCAACUUCAGCAACAAUUUUUGGUAACCCUGAUUUUUUAUCGACAUUAGUCAAUAUACAAGAAUUGUAUUUAGAUGCAACGUUCAGAGAUUGUCCAAGAUUAUUAAACAUUACUCAAUUAUUUACAAUCAUGGGUCGUAUUGAUAAUAGUACUGUACCUCUUGCAUGGGCCCUCAUGACAAGAAAAACAGCAGAAUUAUAUGAACAAAUAUUAAGACAUUUUCAAACACAUCUAGCACCAAAUAUAAUACCAACAAUGAUUCACCAAGACUUUGAACAAGCACUUCGAAAUGCAGCGAUAAUUGUGUUUCCUCAUGCACAAAUAAUUCAUUGUUAUUUUCAUUAUUGCCAAGCAAUCAUAAGAAGAAUUAAAUCAAGAAAAGGUGAAGCUGCAAUGAUAAGGUUAAUGACAUGGGAUAUAGGAUUAGCAUUCGUUCGAAAGAUAUUAUGUUUGCCACUACUACCAAGAAAUGAGAUUCAACAAGCAUAUAAUUUUUUAAUUCGUAAUGCACCAGUAGAUGUAUUACGAUUUUUCGAAGACCUGGUUCAAUAUUAUCCACGUACGUGGUUAACUCAAGAUAGAUUAACAAGAUUAUCUGUUUAUCAACAAGCAGAUAAAACAAAUAAUCCAAUAGAAUCUUAUCACAGAGUCAUACAUACCCUAUUUGGACCACAUCCAAAAAUCUGGCAAUUUACAGCUAAAUUGAAACAACUGCAAGCUUUUACACACAUUGAAGUUACAUCAUUAAAUCGAGGUCUCGUUUCAUCUGAAUUACCAACACUUAGCAUUGAAUUAAAACAAGAUCAUUCAGAUCAACCACUUGUUAUUCAAUUUAAUUAUCCAGGUAUACCUGGUGUACCAUCAGUAUUUUCUGGUACAUCAACAACAAAAAAAAUACUUCAUGUACCAGCAAAUUCAUCAAUAUCAGUUCCUUUGACACAUGCAAAUGUUAAAAUGUUUGUUAAACCAGAAUAUCCAAAUAUGUUAUUUCAAUAUUGUAUGGAGCCAAUUGAUUGA